CUUUUUUGUUUCGAUAAAAGCCGAAACAAGUCGUCAACCAACAAAAGCACAAAUAGGUUAAUAUUAUUCCCGCUAAACGUGAACGUAAACGUGACGGUGACAAAGAAGUCCCCCUCUUUUCAUGUAAAACAAAACCUUUUGUGCCGUUUCCCCACCCUUUAUUUCAACUUGUAUUUCUCGCUCUCUAAUAUGUUUAAAAAAGUCUUUGAAAACUGAUAGGAACUGUGCCAUGAUGUCGAUCGGUUCUUUUGUUCAUUAACUCUCCAUCGAUUAAAAAGGAAAUAAAAAAAUAACCGAUUUAUACGAGCCACUUCUGAGAAGUUAAGUUUGAAGAACCAAGACGCGGUUUUCAAAAUAAAAAGAAUAAAACCAAUCUUAAGAAAUCUUAAACGAACAGGACUACAAAAAAAUCGCUUUUCUUUUUGUUUUAUUUUUGUUUUGACGAUACUCUCACCUGGUUACAUGUUUGGCGCUUUUGUAGUAAUAAUGUUCGAUCGACCUUCUCUUGGGUCUUUGCAACCAUUGGUUGCCCGUUGGGGCCAUCUUCAAUUAGUUCUAUUCAGUGUAUUGGUCGGAAAUGUUAAGCGGGGAGACCAAUCGCUUUAUACUCCGCCUAUUUCAGAUUGCAGCUAACCCUCCUUAAAAAACUCUUUAAAACAUUUCAACACUAACUAAAACACCAUCUUAAUCCAAAUUAAAUCAUUAUCUUUUAAAUAAAACGAAUUAUCUCAAAUUUUAUUAACAUAUCAAAAUAAUCUAAGUUAGCCUUUUGUAUAGGCAACCCAACAUACACAUAAGAUUUCUACUUUACCAACUUCACAUCGAUUUCUAUUUUAUCAUUGACAUAUAAAUUGUCAAAUGUCAAAAUUAAAAAUUGGACGUUGCCCGUUAUAAAAAUAUAGAGAGAAAGUUUAAAUUUUUGCUAUUUUUAUAAGUGAAAGCCUAUUAAUAAGUUUAAAAAAUGGCACUCAGGCAAGUUUUUAGAAGCUUUUUACCCAAAUUAACUCGUAAAAAUUUCGACCUAACCUCAAAUUUAUCAAUUACAAGAAUUUUAUGCACUACAGCUCCCGUUUUAAAUAAAAAAGAAGUAACCGUAACUUUUAUAAAAGCAAAUGGAGAAAGAAUUAACGCCAAAGGAAAAAUUGGUGAUUCACUUUUAGACGUUGUGGUAAAUAAUAACGUGGAUUUAGAUGGAUUUGGAGCGUGUGAGGGGACACUAACAUGUUCUACUUGCCACCUGAUUUUUAAGAAAAGUGAUUUUGAUGAACUUCCUGAAAAACCGAGUGAUGAAGAAUUAGAUAUGUUAGAUUUAGCUUACGAUUUAAGCGACACCUCAAGAUUGGGUUGCCAGAUUAUAUUAAGUGAGAAAUUAGAUGGAUUGGAGGUUCAAGUACCCGCAACAAUAAACGAUGUUAGAAGUAGUUAAUAUAGAAAUAAAAUAAUUUUUAGGAUAUAUGUAAAUAUACAAAUUUUAUAAAAAAAAUUAUUUAGGAA